UUCAGAAUUCCUGCAUUUCUCCAAGAAAAAAAGAAAAAAAAAAACCCUUGGGGCUGAGUUGCUUUUCGUUCCGAAGCCUUCCAAUUUCUUUCCCCUUGUUGUUUUUCGUCUCUGCUAUUUUUCGUGUAUUAUUGUGGCGACUGUUAAGAUCUGUGGUUGAAAACUAUAAUUUUGUGCAAGUUUUGACGCUAUUAGGGUUUGUUUUUCUUCCACUUUUACUGAUUCUGUUCCGAGUUUUAAGGUCGGGUUGGUGGCUUUAGGGACUGGGACUUCCCUGUAUGGAAUUUUGAUUCCAGCGCUGGAGAAGAAUGACGGGAUCUGAGACCGGAGUGAUGACCAGCGGCGAACCCUUCACCAUCGGUUUCCAGAAGAGUCCAGUACAGUCACAACAGUCGGUCUUGCCUGGCUUGCAUUUGCCCUUCGGCGCCGACGGCGUCUACAAGCCCGCCUCCUCCGUCUCGCCCACCUACCAGUCCCCCGGCGUCGGUGUUUCCGGUAAUGCCGGUGCCGAUGUUUCUCCUCGUGAAGCUUUCGUUGGCAUGAAUACGCAAAGCGAGCCUGUCAAGAGGAAGAGAGGGAGGCCUAGGAAGUAUGGGCCAGAUGGCAGUAUGGCAGUGGCCUCUGCAGACCCCUCCGCCGCUGCAACUCAGUCCGGUGGAGGUUUCUCUCCUCCACCCACUGGCGUGACUCCGUCGGGAGGAUCAGCCUCUCCAACUUUGAAGAAAGCCAGAGGCAGACCCCCUGGCUCUGGCAAAAAGCAGCAGCUGGAUGCCUUGGGAUCAGCCGGAGUUGGAUUUACCCCACAUGUCAUCACCGUGAAAGCUGGAGAGGACGUGUCUUCAAAAAUAAUGUCAAUCUCACAGAAUGGUCCUAGAGCUGUUUGUAUUCUUUCAGCAAAUGGAGCUAUAUCCAACGUGACUCUACGUCAACCAGCCAUGUCUGGUGGAACCGUGACUUAUGAGGGGCGAUUUGAGAUUUUGUCACUAUCUGGGUUAUAUCUUCUCACCGAGAAUGGUGGUCAGCGUAGCCGAACUGGGGAUUUAAGUGUUUCAUUGUCUGGACCAGAUGGUAGAGUUUUGGGUGGUGGGGUGGCUGGUCUUCUAACGGCAGCCUCUCCCGUUCAGGUGGUGGUGGGGAGCUUUGUGAACGAUGGGGGGCAGAAGGAGUUGAAACAAGCAAACCAAAUAGAACAGCGGCCUGUUACUGCACCACAUAAACUCGCUCCGAUCCGUGCUGGAAUGACAGGGGCGAGCAGUCCGCAAUCACGUGGGGCUCUCAGUGAAUCCUCAGGAGGGCAAGGGAGUCCGUUUAAUCAGAGUGGUGGAGCCUGCAAUAACACCGCAUCUUGGAAGUGAAACUGGAGCUGCUUCGUUAACUCACUUGAUUUGCUAAUAGGGCGGGCCAGCCAGCCGGGAGUUUAGUUUGGUGCUCUAUUUUCUAAUUUGCUUUAGAUGCACCCGUAGUUCUAGCUAAGCCUUAAAAGGAUGAUGUAACUCUUUCCAGAUUGGGUUGGCUUGGAUGGAUCCUUGCCCUUAGUAUCGGUUAGGAAUUAGAAGAUUGUGAAAUAGUUGUGUUGUUUUGUUUUAGAAUUACAAAUAAUGAAUUUAUUGAAAUUACAGCCGUUGUAGCAUCGAUGCUAUAAACUCAAGAUUAUCACA